AUGCCAGAGAAUGGAAGACUAAGGAGGACACUGGCAAGGUUGACUCAGAAUGGAACUUCAACCUCCUCCUCUACGAUUUAUCAGAAUGGGAAACGAACCAGCCAGCAUGCACAAGAAACAUCAACAGCAUCAAAUAAAAAAAGAAAAGUUUCAACUCAAUCAAAGGAAGAUAAAUUAUCAGAUAUUAUCGUUGAUUUUAAUUUGGCAGUUAAUGAAUUGUACCAACUAAAGGAAUACAAAUCUAUUAUAAGCUGGGACCCUAUAGAAAAUUCAAGUGCAAAUGAUAGGGGCAUUAAGGCAGAGUUUGAAGAAUUUGUGAAAAACAAUGAUUACAGACUUGUUUGGGAUAAAGAAAUUGAAAAUAAUUCCAAUAUAGACAGUUUGCCACUAAGGUUUCAAAAGAAAAAGUUAGCGGAACAGAACAAAUUAUUAGAUGACAAAUUUCUGAUUCGACAGAAUGUGCUAGCGAGCAGUAAAAUGUUAGAAGAAUCUUUAGUUAACAAAACGAGAGAUGAAGUAAAGAUAGAGAGUACUUUUAAAGCCAUUCAAUCACAGGAAAAAGCAGGAUCUAAAUUGAAAACGCCAUCUCAAACAUCGAACGCAAAAACAAACAUACGGAAAAGCGGGUCAACGACACCUAAAAGGGGAAACGAGAACGGGUCUCGAAAACAAGCUCUUGAAGAUCAAGACGAGAUUAUCGAACUAAGUGAUGACAGCAGUGUGGUAGAAAUAGAGAGUGAUUUAUCUGAUGCGGAAACACAUUAUCGCAUAAAGUGCAUUAAAAAAACAGUUCCACCUCCAUUAGUAACACAUCCCUCUCAUAUACCGCAAUGGAGACCAGAAAAUUUGGAAGACGGCAAUAGAUCGACAGGCAGGUUAAUUCAGUUAAAAGAUCUGUCCAGUAGUAGUAAAAUUAUCAAUUUCGAUCCAACACCACUAGAAAUAAUACAAUUAAAAGACGAAGUUAUUGCUGCACCAAAACUCACUGAAAAAUUACAAAAUUUUCUUAACAAUGAUUUUAAGACUCCCAUUAUCGACGAAUCGAAUGUUCCAGAUUACAAUUUCACUAGAGAUGAGUAUAAUACAAUCAUGUCUCAACAAGAGAAAUUAUUACGAAAGUUAUAUCACAAGGUCAAUAUUGAAAAUAGCCUUGAAUUGAAUGGUGACAAGAUAGAGCGGCGCAAAGUUAUUCUCCCUCAAUCGAAUAUAAAACUUACAGAUCCUUUCAGAAAUACCUUCUCAGUCAAACCCAAAUUGCAUGGUGCUGCAAAUAACGCCACCCAUCAAGAUUAUUUGCUAGCUCAAGGUAUGGCAUUUUCCAAGGUUCAUCAACAAAUGAGGAAACAACACCACUUACGAACCAGAAAGAUUGCCGCAAUGAUAGAUCAGCAUUUUAAAAAGAAGAAAGGAGAGAAGGAAAGACUAGCUAAAGAAAGAGAGCAGAAUCUCAAAAAAAUGAGUCGAUUGACAAUGCAAGCCGUGAAGAAAAGAUGGAAUCAGGCACAGAAAGUGUAUCAAAUUAUACAAAAUGAGAAAGAGGAGGAGUUGAAGAAGAUCAAAGGUAGACAACAUUUGAGUGAAAUGCUAGAACACUCCACUCAGUUAUUGGAAGCUCAACUUACUUCUUCGAGAGAGCCCACAGUUGAAGCCGAAAGUGAUGACAAUAGCACGACCUUUGACGACAAUACCAAUGAUUCUGACAAUUUCCUGUCAUCAGAAGAAGAGGAAAACGAAGAAGACAACACACAACAGCAAAUAAACGGAAAUAAAAAGUAUGAUGUAAAUGGAAAAAGUAACGAUGAGAACGAUAUGAGUUUAUCGGUUGAAGAAUUAAGAAAGAAGUAUGCAGAUUUAGAGACUUCAGUAGAACCGUUAUCGUCUAACGUGACUUCUGACAAGGAAAGAGAAUCUGAAACUUCAAGUGAGGAUGCUGAACUGAGUGAUGACGAUGAUACAGAUGUUACAAGAGGUCUUGCGUCGUUGUACCAGAAUGAUGAAGUUGCGGACUUUGCCACUACAACUUUUGAGUAUAGUGCAGAGGAGAAAAAGCUUAUUGAAGAUCUUAACCAAGAAAGUGAUUCGAGAAUGAAUUCAUUAUUAGACUCAGACUCUGUUAGCUCCAUUUCGGAUAGUGAGUCACUGGAAGAAAGUUCAUCUGAUACUGAGAUGGAUCAGCUGAAUGUUUCAGAGCCUCCUCGUCUGUCGGAAACUGGGAGCAAUACUGGACUUGCAAGUUUAUUUACCAAUGGCACAAUUGUGCUGGAUGAAGAAGAUGACGCUUCAAUUUCCAGCAAUUUUGAAAAUGAGAGUGAUGAAAGUAUGAACCUGUCUGAUAGAGAGCUUGAAGUCAAUGGGAACGGUAAGAUAGAUAAAAUUGCAUCUACUGAUGAAGAUGACAGCAAUGUUGAAAUUGUGAAUGGGUCAAAAGUUAAAGAUGUACCUAUCCCACUGCUCUUACGGGGUACAUUAAGACCGUACCAAAAACAAGGUUUAAAUUGGUUGGCUAGUUUAUAUAAUAACAACACUAAUGGAAUUCUUGCCGAUGAGAUGGGGUUGGGUAAGACUAUACAAACAAUAUCGUUAUUGGCAUAUUUAGCUUGCGAACAUCAUAAAUGGGGCCCACAUUUGAUCAUAGUUCCUACUUCUGUUAUGUUGAAUUGGGAAAUGGAGUUCAAAAAGUUUGCUCCUGGAUUUAAAGUGUUGACUUAUUAUGGUUCUCCCCAACAAAGAGCCCAAAAAAGAAAAGGAUGGAACAAGCCAGAUGCUUUCCACGUGUGCAUCACAUCCUAUCAAUUGGUGGUUCAAGAUCAGCAAUCAUUUAAAAGAAGACGGUGGACAUACAUGAUAUUAGAUGAGGCUCACAAUAUUAAAAACUUUAGGUCUACGCGAUGGAGAGCAUUGUUGAAUUUUAAUACUGAAAAUAGAUUACUUUUAACUGGUACGCCGUUGCAAAACAAUUUAAUGGAAUUGUGGUCGUUGCUUUAUUUUUUAAUGCCAUCAUCUAAAGUGAACCAAGCAAUGCCAGAAGGGUUUGCCAAUUUGGACGAUUUUCAGCAAUGGUUUGGAAAGCCAGUGGAUAGGAUAUUAGAGCAGACAUCAGCGGGGAACUCUGAUUUGAUCGAUGAAAAUGAACGAACUACACAGAAAAUGGAUGAAGAGACUAGAAAUACAGUGGCCAGAUUGCACCAGGUUUUGCGUCCUUAUUUACUUCGUAGAUUGAAGAAAGACGUGGAAAAACAAAUGCCUGGAAAAUAUGAGCAUAUAGUGUACUGUCGAUUGUCGAAGAGACAAAGAUUCCUUUAUGAUGAUUUCAUGUCACGCGCAAAAACUAAGGAAACGUUGGCGUCGGGUAAUUUCUUAUCCAUUAUCAACUGUUUAAUGCAAUUGAGAAAAGUUUGUAACCAUCCCGAUUUAUUUGAAGUUAGACCAAUUGUUACAUCUUUCGCCAUGCCAAGAUCAAUUCCCUCAUAUUACCAGAGUACCAAUGAAUUGGUGAAGAGACAGUUCAACAAGGAUGAAAAAGUUUCGUUUCAAGCUUUGAAUCUUGAUGUUACUGGAUGUGAAAAUAUGAAUUAUUUUGUAUGUCAAUCGACUGGAAAAUUGAUGACCACAGAACCAUUUCAGGAUCAAAUAAAUAAACUAAAAAUUUUGCUUGUCGAAUUUGAGAAUUCAGAUCCUAUCAAUUAUGUUAGUUAUUAUCAACGGCUUCGAAGAGAAGAACAGGCAGAAAUAAAGGAGAAACUAGAGCACGUUGUGUACUUGAACAAUUUGAGGUGUGGAAGAAAACCAAUAUAUGGGGAGUCGUUACUAAGACUACUUACAGUUAAUGCACAUGAUUUCAGUGAUGAGCCAUACAACAAAUAUUGUUUGACAUUAUCUGGCAGAGUGGACAAAAUGAACGAUACUAUUGAGAAAUACUCAAUCAUUACACCUGCGGCCGUUGCUUUAGAUAUGAAAGACCAACUAAUUCCAAUAUCCACCAAGCAAAGAAUUUUACAUGAAGUUGCCGAAAACAAAAUUGACAAUCCUUUCCAUAAGGCACAAGUUAAGCUAUCAAUUGCUUUCCCUGACAAGACAUUAUUGCAAUAUGAUUGUGGGAAAUUGCAAAAAUUGGCUACGUUGUUGCAAGAAUUGACCUCACAGGGCCACCGAGCUUUGAUUUUCACACAAAUGACAAAGGUAUUGGAUAUUUUGGAGCAGUUUCUCAAUAUUCACGGGUAUAGAUACAUGAGAUUAGAUGGUGCAACCAAGAUUGAGGACCGUCAGCUAUUGACUGAAAAAUUCAAUCGAGAUCCAAAAAUCCCAGUAUUCAUCUUAUCUACAAGAUCGGGUGGGUUGGGGAUCAAUUUAACUGGUGCAGAUACCGUGAUUUUUUAUGACUCUGAUUGGAAUCCGGCAAUGGACAAGCAAUGUCAAGAUCGUUGUCAUAGAAUUGGUCAAGUUCGAGAUGUUCACAUUUAUAGAUUUGUUUCUGAAUACACCAUUGAGUCCAAUAUUAUCAAGAAGGCGAACCAGAAAAGACAGUUGGAUAACGUUGUUAUUCAAGAGGGAGAGUUUACUACAGAUUACUUUGGUAAGUUCUCGGUUCGUGAUUUGGUCAGUGAUAGCAAUAUUGGGAAGGAAAUAACAGAUAGAACUAUUGAUUUUUCAGGCGAUGCCAAGAUGGGUAACGUAUUAGCUCAGGCUGAAGACGAAGAGGAUAGAGUCGCUGCUGGAGCUGCAUUAAAAGAGGUUGCCAUUGACGACGAUGAUUUCAAAGAAGAGACUAGAUCAGCUACUACAGGAGCCACUCCUGCUCCAACAGAAACUAAUGCAUUAAGUACAACGGAUGGCGACGCUGCAUUUAUUGAUGUGGAUUAUGAGGAUGGCAUUGGUCACAUUGAUGAGUAUAUGUUACGGUUUAUUUCGGAUGGAUAUUAUUUAUAG